AUGAACUAUGCGACCGCUGGCUCUUCUGAUAAGCCCGCUCUCCUCCUGGUUCCUGGACAAAGCGAGUCCUGGUGGGGAUAUGAAAUGGCCAUGUGGCUGUUGAAGGACGACUACCAGGUAUUCGCUGUCGAUAUGCGUGGCCAAGGACAAUCGACGUGGACGCCCGGCCGUUACAGUCUGGAUACCUUUGGCAACGACCUGGUGAAGUUCAUAGAUAUUGUCAUCAAGCGUCCAGUGGUAGUCUCCGGCCUGUCCUCUGGCGGAGUUGUCUCUGCUUGGCUGUCGGCGUUCGCCAAGCCAGGUCAAAUCCGCGCGGCUGUUUAUGAAGACCCUCCAUUGUUUGCCUCACAGUCUAAGCCUGCGAUCGGCCAAAGCGUCAUGCAGACAGUGGCUGGACCUUUCUUCAACCUCUGGUAUAAGUGGCUGGGCGCGCAGUGGACCAUUGGCGAUCAGGCUGGGAUGGUUGCGGCCAUGCCGAAAGAAAUCCCCGCAUGGAUCCUCCAGUACUUGGGCAACACAACCAGCGGGCCUACAGGCCUGGAUUUGACUUUGAACGAGUACGAUCCGGAAUGGGGCCAUGGCUUCGUCUCCGGCACUGUUGAUGCCACUUGCGACCAUGAGGCAAUGCUCACUCACGUGAAAGUGCCUGUGCUCUUCACUCACCACUCUCGCGCCAUCGACCCGUAUACUGGAAAUCUGAUUGGCUCUGUCUCUGAUACCCAGGUCUCAUAUGCUCAAGGUUUGAUUACGACAAAUGGCAACCAGAGCUUCACACUUAAGAACUUCCCCCUUGCAUCUCACGACAUGCACAACUCCGAUCCUGCCACUUAUGUCAGCGCGAUCACGACAUGGAUGGCCAGCCUCGGUAUCGGAUCAGCAGUCAUUCCCGGCCCUGUCAAGGUGGCUUCUGCUAGUGCACAGGUGUCGGCUGCAUCAACUGCGCCGCCAUCUUGCACGUCUACUUCCGCACCGUCUACUGGUCAUUAA